GUCUUUAGUGAACUGUUGGUCACUUUGGGUUUUCCAAACAUCACCAUGAAGCUGCUGUCUGUGUCUGCACAUCUUUGUGCACUGAUGGCUCUGACCUUUGCUGUUGAGGGCGACAGUGACGCAGAGGGACCAGUGACAACAGUAAAGAGUCACUCUGGUUGUCCUCGUGGUUGGAUUGAGUUCAAUAAUCGCUGCUUCCACUACGUUACAACACGCAUGACUUGGGCUAAUGCUGAGAAAAAUUGCUUGCUCCUGGGGGGAAACCUUGCAUCGGUGCAUAAUGACAUGGAGUACUUUGAGAUUCAGAAGCUGACUGCCACUCAUGGUUACAGACAAGCUUGGAUUGGAGGAACUGAUGCAGUCCAGAAGAAAGUUUGGUUUUGGAGUGAUGGGACCCCUUUCCACUAUUCAAACUGGUGCCCAGGAGAGUCCAGUAAUGGUCGCAAUGAUCACUGCUUGAGGAUGAAUUAUUCUGGUGCCAAAUGCUGGGAUGAUGUGCGGUGUGCUAUUCGUCUGCCCUCUGUCUGUGCCAUAAACAUGGAGUGUCUCCAGGAGUGACACCGAAGCAUGAAAUUCCCAUAGAAAACACACACUGAUAUACGAUGGUGUUUGUGUUUUGCUUGAUCUUACUUCUUUAUUUCAUUUUGCAGCACUGUAUUUUUUUACCUCUCUCUGUAACACCAAAAUCAAAUAACAAAAUGA